AUGAACCCUAUAUCAGGCCUACCGAUAUAUCAAACUCCACCGCAGAGGGCAAGAUCUAACCGCUCGCAAGAUCCCUUUUUUAGAGAUCAAGCAAAGAGCGUCCUAGUGCCAGAGCCUCAGAGCACAAUGUUUAUUUCUGAGAAAGAACGUUUUGAUACUGAUUUUGCUGCUGAAGAGCGUCGCAGAAGAGAACUGGAAAACCAAAGAAAGAUGGACGCAUACAAUAAAAGAAGAGAAAACGCCAUAAAUAGAGAAGUAAAUCGCUGGGAACAGAUCGGCCAAGAGCAGGUUGAGUCAAUUGAAAAACUUGAAGCUAAAAGAUCCAAGUGAAAAAAUGGUCAAAAAAAUAACCCAAGUGAAGCUUUUAACCCAAUCACUUUAGAUUAUGACCCAACUGACCAAGGGGAGUACUUAAGAAGAAAAGAUGACAUUGCAAAAGAAAGAGCAAUGAUGAGACUUUAUAAUAUAGACGCGAAGAGAAAUUCAGCUUUCAAUAUUAUUAAUGGUGCGCCACGACAAGGACCACCUUUGCCAAGUUAUUAUUACUAA